AUGGGCGUCCAGGGCUUCCAGGAGUUCCUGGAGAAGCGCUGUCCCGGGGCCGUGGUCCCCGUGGACCUUCUCAAACUCGCCCGCACCGUGUCGCGCCAGCAGCAGCAGCUCGCGCAUUGCCAGCUGCCGCCUCCGGUGGCCCUGGCGCCCGGGGCUCCGCGCUUCGCCCGGGGACCCGGUCCUCUGCCGCCGCCGCUCCCGCCCCCCGGCCUGGGCGCCUACUGCGGGGGCCCGGGGCCGGCCCGGCACCACCACCCGGCUCACCACUACCACCACCACGGCCCGGGGCACCCCGGCCUCCACCCGCCGCCCCCGCCGCCGCCGCCCCCUCCCCCGCCGCUGCCCGGGGCGCGGGUGCUGGUGGACGCGGGCUCGGCGCUGCAGCGGCUCUACGGCGGCUACCAGACGGAUUGGGUGUGCGGCGGCCAGUGGAACGCCAUGCUCGGCUACUUGUCAGCGCUGUGCCAGGCUUGCGCCUACCCCGGCGGCGAGGGCCUGGAGCUGGUCGUCAUGUUCCCCGGGGGCCUGGGCAAGGACCGGCUCGCGGAGUGGGGCCGUCGGUGCCAGACUGAGCGGCAGACGGCGCAGCUGAUCGUGGGACACGUGGGCAACAAGGGCACCCCUCCUCCACGGGCCUGGUUCCUGCCACCGGCCUGCCUGAGCCACUGCGUGAGGCUGGCACUCAUCCGUUUCCGGGUCAAGGUCUUUCAGAGCCUCGAAGACCACCAUCUGGAAGUGGUGGCUUUUUUCAGGGAAAAUGGCUUCCACGGCCUUCUUGCCCAUGACUCCGAGUACGCUCUCUACAAUAUUCCCUUUUACUACAGUUCCCAUGCUCUGAAGCUGAGCUGGAACGGGAAGAACCUCACUACCAACCAGUUCUUGAUGCAGGAGGUGGCCAAGCAGCUGGGCCUGAAGCGGAUGAGUUUUCCCAUAUUCGCUGCGCUGCUAGGUAACCACAUUCUCCCCGACGAGGACCUGGCUGCUUUCCACUGGAGUCUCCUGGGACCAGAACAUCCCCUUGCAUCACUUAAGGUUCGAGCUCAUCAGCUGGUUCUUCCUCCGUGUGAUGUGGUGAUCAAGGCUGUUUCUGAAUAUGUUAGUGCCAUCAAAGACCCCUCUGACCUGGAUGUGGUCGGGAAGGAUGUUUUCAAACAGUCUCAGUCCAGGACGGAAGAUAAAAUAGAGCGAUUCAAGAAAGCAGUUGAGUACUAUUCAGUCACAACCAAAAUCUCUUCGCUGCCAGUGAGUUCCUCCUCCUUCCUAGGGUUUCGUAACAAUCGCCUGGGAAACCCUCCCAUUGCACGAAGUCACAUGAGCGGUAUUUCUCCUGGGAGGCCAAUGUUCUCUCACCAUGUGCCCCAGAAAAUGAAAUAUCCACCACCAUUCCCAUUGGGACCCAACUCCUCUCUUCUCUUCUCCCCCCAUGCUUUGGGGGAAUCCCAUGCUUUUUCUGAGAAUCCCCUGCUGGAGGACAACCCCCUUGCCACUUGGGGUAUCUCUUAUGACUCAUCACAGUUUCCCAAUUACCUGCCUUCCAAAGCCUCACCUCCUCUGGGACCAGACUCUUCCCACUCUUCCUCCUCUGGUGAUGAGCCAAACGGAGUCAGCUCUGAUCACGUCACAGAAUCAUUUCAUCGGCAGUCCAGAUGGGAGGACCCCAGUUGUAGUAGAGGUCCGUGGGUGCAGCCUAUUGACGCUGGAGUUUCCGAUUCUGCCCUGGGAAAUGGCGAGCCCCACAUCCCGUCUCUGCUCUCUAUGUCUACAAGGAACCACAUGGACAUCACCAUUCCGCCGUUGCCGCCAGUCGCCCCAGAAGUCUUGCGGGUGGCCGAACACAGACACCGAAGAGGUCUCAUGUACCCAUAUAUCUACCACGUCCUCACCAAGGGUGAGAUCAAGAUCCCUGUAUGCAUUGAGGAUGAGUGUAACAUGGAGCUGCCGCCAGCUGCUCUUCUGUUCCGGUCAGCUCGUCAAUAUGUAUACGGGGUGCUUUUCAGCCUGGCGGAGACACAGCGGAAACUGGAGCGCCUGGCCAUACGGCGUCGGCUGCCUGUGGAACUUCCUGCAGUGAUCCUUAAGGAGUGGUCUGCCUACAAAGGGAAGUCACCUCAAACCCCCGAACUGGUGUCUGCACUGACAUUUCGGGAAUGGACCUGCCCAAACCUCAAGAGGCUCUGGCUGGGCAAAGCCGUUGAGGACAAGAACAGAAGGAUGAGGGCCUUCCUGGCCUGCAUGAAGUCAGAUACCCCUAGCAUGCUCAAUCCAGCCAACGUGCCCACCCACCUGCUGCUCAUGUGCUGUGUGCUCCGGUACAUGGUUCAGUGGCCCGGCGGUCGAGUCCUGCAUCGCCAUGAGCUGGACACCUUCCUUGCCCAAGCUGUAUCUUCCCAGCUUUAUGAGCCAGAUCAACUUCAAGAACUCAAGAUUGAGAAACUGGACGCCCGCGGGAUCCAGCUUGCUGCCCUGUUCAUGAGCGGGGUGGACACAGCUCUGUUUGCUAAUGACGCCUGUGGCCAGCCCGUCCCCUGGGAGCACUGCUGCCCCUGGAUUUACUUUGACGGCAAGCUGUUCCAGAGCAAGCUCAUCAAAGCGGGCCGAGACCGAGUGUCCCUUGUGGAGCUCUGUGACGGCCAGGCUGAGCUGGCAAGCAAAGUGGAGAAGAUGAGACAGAGCAUCCUUGAAGGCGUCAACAUGAACUACCCACCGCCUUCCGCUCUGCUUCCGUCACCAACUUUUGUGACUCCCAUGAUGCCGCCUCUCUAUCCUGUUCCAUUUUAUCCGCGAGCCAUGGGCUCAAUGCCACCUCCGCCUCACGGGAGGAGCCGGGGUUUUGCAGGUCUCCAUCCAAUCCCGCCCCAAGGAGGAAAGCUGGAGAUUGCUGGCAUGGUUGUGGGCCAGUGGGCUGGCAGCAGACCCUCCAGGGGCCGAGGCUUCGGGAUGCAAGUGGUUUCUGUCGGUGGGCCAGGAAAGGGGCAUGGAAAAGAACAGACCGGUAGAGGAUUCAAAGGAUCUAAAAAAGGAAAUAAACAAGGCCCUUCAGAUGGAGUCUUUAAAUCCCUGGAGCCUCCUCAGAGCCUGCCCCGCCCACAGGUAAACGGAAGCAAUGGCACACUGACCAAGGAGGAGAAGAGCGACCUCCUCCUCCCAGCUCCAUCACAGUGCGCCCUAUCCAGCGAGAACAGCAUGUGCGACAGCGAGAGCCGCUACUUCCCCGUCAAGAACGGCGAGCAGAGCCUCCUGGGAGAGCAGAACCUGGGAACUGUGGCCCUGCAGAAAGAGGAGUGA